AUGUCCUCUGCGGGUCAAAAGAGGAAAAGAUCCGAGGAAUCUCCUCUGAUAAGACAAGAUAACACGCAACAGCCAUCAGGAUCAUCUUUACUGAACAGCUCUGAGGAGACGUCGUUCCCUAGAGGUGGUGCCAGUGCUUUGACUCCGCUGGAACUUAAACAAGUAGCCAACGAAGCGGCUAGUGACGUUCUUUUCAAAGCCGAAUCAGCACCCAGUGCCACCGCAUCCAAAGAAACACAAAGACCCAAGAAGAAGAAGAAAACAACCAAAGCUGCCAAUGGUACCAACGCAACCGAGGCGGACGCCGAGAAAGAAGAUUCUGUCGCUAUUGUAGACCAUUUGACUUUCAGGAAUCUACCGCUAGGAACUUUAGUGUUAGGCCAGAUCUCCCAGGUGAACAAACAUGACAUCUGUGUGUCACUAUCUGACGGGCUAUGUGGAUUUGUCACCUUACCAAACAUUUCAGAGCCUUUCACACAAAUACUGGAAGACUUGGAUGACACUAUGCAAAGUGACGAGGAGCCCGAAGGCAAGGCCGAUGCUUCAGAUGCUGAAUACGACAGUGAUGAGAGCGUUUCGAAAAAAGAAAAACGCGAACAAGCAAAGAGUAAAGAUCUGCCGGACUUGAAUCAAUUCUUUUCCGCAGGCCAAUGGCUAAGAUGCGUUGUCCAAUCAAACUCGGGCCUCGAGAACAAUAAAAAAUCGAAAAGAAUAGAGUUAGCUAUUGACCCUCAAGCAACUAAUAAACUGAUAGAAGAAGACUUGUCAAGAAAUUGUACCCUUCAGUGUGCUGUGAAAAGUAUAGAAGAUCACGGUGCCAUUUUAGACGUUGGUGUUGAGGGCAUUAGUGGCUUCAUAUCAAAAAAGGACUAUGCGUUUUUGCCCACUUUGCAAACCGGUUCUGUUUUCCUAGGUAAUGUUACCAAAAGAUCAGGCAGAACUGUAACUAUCAAUUUUGAUUUUAAGAACAAGAAAAGUAAAGUAUCUCAUAUUUCCUCAGUUGACGCUAUUAUCCCAGGCCAAGCCGUUGACUUCUUAUGCCAGAAAAAGACCUCUAACGGCGUUAUCGGAAAAGUUUUUGGUUUGGUUGAUGGCUUCCUGAAUGUUGCACACCAAUCAGAUUUCCAAGCUACCAAGAAAAACGAUCAAGCAUAUUCUGUAGGAUCCAACAUUAGAGCGAGGAUUAUCGCUACUUUGGUUAAUAAGUCCGGUGAAAAAUUCGUCAUAAUGUCUGAGCUCCCUCAUAUUCUGUUACUUGCAGAGAAAGCUUUACAGACACAGGCUUUAGAAGCUUUCCAUAUUGGUCACACUUUCGAGAAUUGUGAACUCAACGGUCGCGACUCUCAGUAUUUCUACUUGAAGCUCAACAAUGACAGCUUCGGCCAAGUUCACAUUUCCAAAACGGGACCAGAAGAUCCUACCUCAGGAGUUUCAGCUCGCGUACUAGGCUACAACAAUCUUGACGGCUACUACCAACUGUCUACAGAUCCUCAGACCUUAUCUGUGGAAUACCUAAGAACCGCUGAUAUUCCGCUUGGUACUAUUGUCCCCAAUUGUGAAAUAUCAGAGGUCUCAGACAAAGGUAUAAAACUAAACAUUUUAGGCGGCCAGUUUAGAGCAACAGUUCCGCCAAUCCACAUCUCGGAUAUUAGGCUUGUUUACCCUGAAAGAAAGUUCAAGAUUGGCUCCAAGAUCAAAGCAAUGCUCAUAAAAAUCAACAACAGAGGGCAUCUGUUUAUGACGUUGAAAAAGUCGCUUGUUAAUUUGGACAGAGGUGAGGUACAACUAGCUUCAACCUUUAGAGAAAUUGAAGAAGUAGCUUCUAGUGGAUCAAAGUUGGCUGCUAACGUGGAAAUCUUUAAGACCAAUGGUUGUGUCGUUUCAUUUUUGGGUGGAUUGAGAGGUUUUUUGCCUAACAGUGAAAUCUCUGAAGCCUUUGUCAAAAAUCCACAGGACCAUCUAAGGAUGGGACAAACUGUAAUUGUCAAAGUACUACAGCACAGUGAAGAAAACAACAGAGUGAUAGUAACAUGCAAAGUUUCAAGCGAAGCUGCAUCUCAACAAAAAGAUGCUAUCGACAACAUGGUUAUUGGCAGGUCUAUCAUCAAAGCUGCCGUUGUUGAAAAAACUAAAGACUCGGUGGUCGUAGAACAAGUGGGCAGCGGAUUGAGAGGCGUUAUUUAUGUCGGCCAUCUAUCCGACUCUAGAAUUGAACAAAAUAGAGCACAAUUGAAGAAAAUCAAAAUUGGAAAUGAAUUUGACGGUUUAGUCAUUGACAAAGAUUCCAGAACCAGAGUUUUCAACAUGUCUUGCAAAAAAUCGUUGAUGAAAGAUGCUGAAAAGGAUUUACUCCCCUUGACUUACCAAGAUGUAAAAGAAAGAGGUACGCAUUCUUCGAUGCAUGGUUACGUCAAGUCCGUCUCUGAAAAAGGUGUAUUCGUAGCCUUCAAUGGUCAAUUUGUUGGUCUUGUGCUACCUAGCUACGCUGCAGACAGCCGAGAUGUCAACCUAUCGUCAAAGUACUUCGUGAAUCAGUCUGUUACAGCAUAUUUGUUGAGAUGCGAUGAUGAAAAUGAAAGGUUUUUGCUCAGUUUCCGGGAACCAAAGACAGAAAUGCCCACGAAAGUCUUGAGAGAACCUACGAGCGCGAUCAAUCCUGUCGACAGUACGAUCAAAAACCUCGAAGACUUUACCAUUGGCAAAAUUACCAAGGCCAUGAUCAAGGCUGUCAAAAGGAACCAACUUAAUGUCGUCGUUGCUGACAACCUCCACGGGGCGAUUGAUGUAUCAGAAGUGUUUGACAGAUUUGAGGACAUCAAGGAUGUCAAAAAUCCACUAGCGAACUUCAAGAAGGGUGAUAUCUUAGAUGUCAAAGUGAUUGGGUACCACGAUGUGAAAACUCACAAAUUUUUACCAAUAUCACACAGAGCCUCCAAGAACAUUCUUUUGGGGCUCACUGCUAAACCAUCAAACUUGAAGGGAGCUGGCCACAUCUCAAUAAAUGAAGUCAAUAUUGGGGAUUCUGUUGUGGGUUUCGUGAAUAAUAUCUUGAAGGAUAUUGUCUGGUUGACGGUUUCGCCAACUAUCAAAGCUAAGAUAGCCUUUUUUGAACUUUCUGACAAAGGUCCUCAAUUCGAUAUAAAGGUUGAAGAAUCUUUUCCCCUAGGAUCUGCUUUGAAUACCAAAAUCAUGCAUAUUGAUCACGACCGCAACACCCUAACUGUGUCUGGUAGAUCUCAUGUCAUUAAUGACAUAAAAGACAUCAGCGUGGGUGAGAAGCUACCCGCUCGCAUCUUGAACGUUGCCGACAGCUACUUGUUACUAGAGUUAGGUGAAGGUGUAAGAGGAGUUGCAUUCAUUACCGACGCUUUGAAUGACUAUACUGGCACACUCAAGGAUGCUUACGUUUCUCAAAAAACAGAUGUCGUUUCUGCAGAAGUCGUGUCCAUAAAAGAUUCCAAAAUUAACUUGUCGUUGCGCUCUGAAGAUGCGAAGGACGGUAACGCAAAAAGUUACAAAGAUCUGAAGAGAGGUGACAUUGUCCGUGGUUUUGUGAAAAAAGCUACAGAUAAGGGUAUUUUCGUGUACUUGAGCAGCUCUUUACAAGCAUUUGUCCCUGUUAGUAAGCUGACCGACUCUUACAUUAAAGAUUGGAAGAAGUUUUACAAGCCAAUGCAGGCUGUCGUUGGCAAAGUUGUUAAUUGUGAUGAUGAUUCCCACAUUUUGAUAACUUUAAAAGAGUCUGAAGUGAAUGGAGACCUCAAUAUUUUGAAAAGUUACGCGGACAUUAAGGUGGGUGAAAUUUAUGAAGGUUUAGUCAAAAAUGUAACCGAUUUCGGUUUGUUUGUCAAGCUAAGCAAUACUAUGAAUGUAACUGGCUUAGCACACAAGACCCAAAUUGCGGAUACCAAAGUUGAUGAUCUUGGCUCAAUUUUUGGAGCUGGUGACAAAGUAAAAGCUAUUGUGUUGAAAGUCAACGCAGAGAAGAAACAACUUUCUUUGGGCCUGAAGGCAUCUUAUUUCAAGAAAGAGGAAAGAGAAGAAACCGUUCCAGAGGCUGUGGAGGAACACGUUUUUGACAGCGAAGAAGAGCUUGUGGAAGGUGGCCUUGAUCAAAGCGAGCAAGAAGUCUCUGAUGAUGAAAUGGAAGCUGAAGACACUGCAAUGAAAUCACACUCAUCGUCCGCGGGUGGCCUCAGUUUGAGUGCUGGUUUCGACUGGACGACAAGCAUUCUGGAUCAGGCGCAAGUGGAUGAAUCAUCGGAAGAGGAGGAUUUCACCGAUACCAAGAGAUCGAGACAUAAGAAAAAGAAAACAGCACAAGAUGUCGAGGAUCAAACAAUCGAUAUCAACACUAGAGCACCUGAAUCGGUCGGCGACUUCGAGCGUAUGAUUAUGGGUAGCCCCAACUCGUCUGUAGUAUGGAUGAACUACAUGGCAUUUCAGCUACAACUGGGCGAGAUUGAAAAGGCUCGCGAAGUUGCUCAACGGGCCUUGAAAACCAUCAACUUCAGAGAGGAGACAGAAAAACUGAAUAUUUGGAUUGGGUUACUCAAUCUGGAAAAUACGUUCGGAAAUGAAGUUUCUUUGGACGAGGCCUUCUCCAAGGCAUGUCAAUAUAUGGAUUCUUAUGUUAUUCACACAAAGCUGAUCAACAUUUACCAAAUGGGUCACAACAUUGAAAAAGCUGCUGCUUUGUUCAAGGCCACAAGUAAAAAAUUUGGUUCAGAGCAGGUUGGUAUAUGGGUGUCUUGGAGUGACUUCUUGAUCGAGCAAGGCCAAAACGAUGAAGCUCACCAAGUACUCGCAAACGCUUUGAAGUCUCUACCCAAGCGCAGCCAUGUCGAGGUCGUGCGCAAAUUCGCACAGCUUGAGUUUGCCAAGGGUGAUCGGGAACAAGCUCGCUCUUUGUUUGAAGGUCUCUUGGCUGACACUCCUAAGAGAAUCGACUUGUGGAACGUUUAUGUAGAUCAGGAGAUUAAAGCAGGGGAUAAGAAGAAGGUAGAGGGUCUUUUCGAGAGAAUUGUCAACAGAAAACUCACCAAAAAACAGGCUAAGUUUUUCUUCGGUAAGUGGCUCGAGUUUGAAGAGGCCGCCGAUGAUCAGAAAACUGCAGAAUACGUGAAAGCAAAGGCAUCUGAGUUUGUUUCAAAACUAAACCAAAAGUCAGCAGCUGUAGAAUGA